UGGCUCAAAAAUGUCUUCCCUAGUCUGUGUAUCCUAACGAUAUCCCUUACCGCCUUUUCAAUCCACCUCGUAUGCCCCAGUACAGCUACCGUCCUUUCCGCUCUAUCCCGUGCCUCAAGCAUCUCCCUGUACGUCCCAUCUAUUUUUCCCAGCUCAGUCACGUACACUUCCCUCUCCUUCUUGUACAACAGACAUUCCGCGACNUACAUGAACACGGUCUUCGCAUUCGAAGCCGCAAUCACAUUUGAACUCGUCGUCUUCCUCGUCUACCGUCCUAUGUCUUCGUCGACGUUCUCGAAGGCCUAUGUCCCCGGUCCUGAAUUUGACCUUAAGCUUUGUUCCUGCACCCAUUCGUCCAUGUAAGUAAUCGUUGAACCCUGUUCCUUCUUUCAACAUUCCGUACACUUCUAGACCCUCCUUAUCCUUGGUUUCUUUCUUAAGAUUCUGUUCUUCUCUCUCGGCACAAGCAAGAGAUAUCUUCUCCUAGAACUCCUUUAGACCCUCCGUUUCCAGCGUUUCAUCUUCGUCGAUGUCGAGCCCCUUCCAUACGUUCUCUACAACAUUGGCCCAUUCCGUGGGUUGUCUACCGCUCGUUUUGUUUGCCCACUUCGCCUCCCAUACAAUCCUCGGCAACCUUUCCUCUCCCAUCCCGCACAUGCGAUACUGCCAUGUCAGCUUCCGCGCGUCUCUUCCCGACCGUAGGGAUUGGAUCCCCAAUUCUGCCCUCACGGCUGCAUUACUUGUACGCUUGGAGCAUCCUGGGAUGAUUUUCGCUGCUUUCAUCUGCGCCGCGUCGAGUUCUUUCACCACCUUAUUAUUUCCUUCCCAUACUUCUCCGGCGUACUCUAGCUGCGGUACGAUUACGCUCUUCAAAACCGUCAAUUUGAUGCGUGUAUCGAGGUGCCGGUUUGCGAGUAUUGGGUGCAGCUUCCCUGCUCGUGCUUUGCCCUUUUCCGCUACCUUGGACAUGUGUGCAUUCCACGAGCAGUCUUUUGCGAUCUCUACUCCGAGGUAUGUGUACUGGUCGUGUACUGGUCCACCACUGCAGUCUCCUCGAUCCCCCAUUUCUACUGGUUCCUCCUUGUUCUCGUUGCAUACCAUGACCGCAUUCUUCUUAACGUAGGCAGACAAUCUCCACUUAUCAGAAAACUUCUUCGCCGCGUCAAUUUGUAGUUGCAGUCCCUCAGGGGUGUCCGACAUACCGACAAAAUCAUCCGCAAACAGCAUUCCUGAAACCGACGUUUCCGUGUCCCCUACUUUUACUCCCUUCCGGACUGCCUCUACGACUUCCAACAGAUCAUCGUUGAUGAACACCUGCAACGGUGUUGGGGACAACGUGCAACCUUGUGGGACCCCCUGCUCAAUGUCGACGAAUUUAGACAGUUCUCCGUCCAGCAUGACUGCGCUUUUCGUACACUCUGUCAUCUUCUUCAGCACUCGCCACAUUUCCCCCUUGAUCCCGUCCUUGGACAGUUGUUUCCACAGCCCAUUUCUCCAUACAGUAUCGUAUGCCUUUUUCACGUCCAGGAAGAAGCAGCACGUCGACUUUCCCGCCCUCUUUCUACCUUGGAUGAUUCUCCCUACCUUGAAUGCGUGGUCUACGCACCCCCUCUUCUUUCGGAAACCUGCCUGGCCCUCACUAACGCUAUGUUCCUUCUCCAAUACUCCCACUAUCCUAUCGUUCAGCAGCUUACAGAGCACUUUUCCUACUGUGUUCAACAGUGUGAUCCCCCCGUAGGUUC